AUGAUCAACGUCAGCCCAGAUCAAGCCCAUGUCAGCUCAGCUCAAGCCCAUGUCAGCCAGGAUCAAGCCAACGUCAGCCAAGAUCAAGCCCACGUCAGAAUAGAUCAAGCCACAUUAGCCAGAUCAAGCCCACGUCAGCCCAGAUCAAGCCACGUAGCCCAGAUCAAGCCACGUCAGCCCAGAGAUCAAGCCACAUCAAGCCACGUUAGCACAGAUCAAGCCACGUCAGCCCAGAUCAAGCCACGUCAGCACAGAUCAAGCCACGUUAGCCCAGAUCAAGCCACGUUAGCCCAGAUCAAGCCCAGAUUAGCAGAUCAAGCCACGUCAGCCACAGGUCAAGCCCAAGCCCAUCAAGCCACGUUAGCCCAGAUCAAGCCACAUCAAGCCACGAGCCAGAUCGUUAGCCCAGAUCAAGCCACGUUAGCCAGAUCAAGCCACGUUAGCCCAGAUCAAGCCACGUCAGCCCAGAUCAAGCCACAGCCAGAUCAGCCACAGCCCAGAUCAAGCCACAUCAAGCCACCCAGAUCAAGCCAUGUUAGCCCAGAUCAAGCCACGUUAGCCACCACAGAUCAAGCCAGCCAGAUCAAGCCACGUUCACGUCAAGUUCAAGCCACGUUAGCCCAGAUCAAGCCAAGCACAGAUCAACGUUCAGCCACGUUAGCCCAGAUCAAGCCAGCCAGAUCAAGCCACGUUAGCCAGAUCAAGCCACCCCAGAUCAAGCCACGUCAGCCCAGAUCAAGCCCAUGUCAGCCUAGAUCAAGCCCACGUCAGCAGAUCAAGCCCAGCCCAGAUCAAGCCACAGAUCAAGCCACGUCAGCACAGAUCAAGCCACGUCAGCACAGAUCAAGCCACGUCAGCACAGAUCAAGCCACGUCAGCCCAGAUCAAGCCCAUGUCAGCCCAGAUCAAGCCCACGUUAGCCCAGAUCAAGCCACGUCAGCCAGAUCAAGCCAUGUCAGCCAGAUCAAGCCCACGUCAGCCCAGAUCAAGCCCACCCCAGAUCAAGCCAGUCAGCCAGAUCAAGCCACGUCAGCCAGAUCAGCCCAGAUCAAAGCCCACGUUAGCCAGAUCAAGCCACGGCCCAGAUCAAGCCACGUCAAGCCCAGAGGUCAGCCCAGAUCAAGCCACCCAGAUCAAGCCAAGCCAAGCCACGUCAGCCCAGAUCAAGCCCAUGUCAGCCCAGAUCAAGCCACACGCCCCAGAUCAAGCCCAUGUAGCCCAGAUCAAGCCACAGCAGCCCACGUCAGCCCAGAUCAAGCCCAUGUCAGCCCAGAUCAAGCCAUCAGCCCAGAUCAAGCCACGUCAGCCCAGAUCAAGCCCACGUCAGCCCAGAUCAAGCCCACGUCAGCCCAGAUCAAGCUUAGACCUUGUAUCAGCCCACAGAAUCCUCGUCAGCCUACGUUGUCCUAUAGGCCUUGUGUCAGCCUAUCGGGACAUGGAUCUGAGUCAGCCUCGAGGGUCUACGGGGCGGAGUGGCUCUUUACAUGCUGUCAAGGAGAGAAGGUCACGUGAUAUGCUGAUGCUGAGGACGUGA